ACUCAAUACAAAAAAAAAACAAAACAAUAGCCCCUAGAACCUUUUGAAGUUGUUGUUUUCUUGUACCACUCCCCGCGACAUUUGUUUAUAAACAAAACCGGACGAGGUAUGUCAGCCUCCGCUGAGAGCCUGGCCGCCGCCGCAUCGCUGGACAAAUACGGCGACGAGGACCUCUUCAGUCUGCUAAUCCGUUACGGACUCUAUGUGGGAGCACUCUUCCAGUUCCUUUGCAUCUCCGCCGCAGUGCUGAUGGAGAACAACCCAGAUAGUAGCAGUAAUCCGGAGUCCGGAGAAGUGACGGAGCGGGAGGGCGAACCGGUUAGGGCACGGCUGCACAAGAUCCGGAAGCUGGAGAAGAAGAAACGUCGAUAGAUCUAGUCAACUUAAUCCAUAGUCAUAGUUAGCCUAAGCACACUCGAAUGCAUUUAUUAAGCGGAAAAUAAAAUAUAAACUAUAGAAA